AUGUUGGCGACAUACCUUGCUUCUACAUCCAUUCUCGUGAUUGGGGGCUACUUGCUCUUCCAAGGUCAAGGUGAGUCGUUCAAUGUUGGUGAGUUCCUAGAAACAACUUCUCCAUACAUGUGGGCAAACCUAGGCAUUGCCGCUUGCAUUGGUUUUUCUGUGAUUGGUGCUGCUUGGGGUAUCUUCAUUACCGGUGUUUCUAUCUUGGGAGCCGGUGUUAAGACUCCAAGAAUUACGACAAAGAACUUGAUCUCCAUUAUUUUCUGUGAGGUUGUCGCUAUCUACGGUUUGAUUAUGGCUAUCGUAUUUUCUGCCAAGGUGUCCAGCGUACCAGAGACUUCGUUAUACAGCCAUGAGAAUCUUUACACGGGCUAUGCAUUGUUUUGGGCUGGUAUGACUGUCGGACUUUCCAACUUGUUGUGUGGUAUUACGGUCGGUAUUACAGGUUCCACUGCUGCUAUUUCGGACGCAGCUGAUUCCUCAUUGUUUGUCAAGAUCUUGGUUAUUGAGAUCUUUGGAUCUGUCUUGGGUUUGUUUGGCCUUAUUGUCGGCUUGAUGAUGGCAGGUAAAGCUCCAGAAUUCAAAUAA